AUGACUGAUUUCACAUUAAUGCCUCAUCUUCCAGAAGACAUCAUCAUCGAGAUCCUUUCAAGGUUACCUCCUAUAUCUCUUUUAAAAUUCAGAAGAUUCGUUGCCCAGAAGACGUCGACGAUGAUUACACUAGUAUUGGCUGACAUGAUGGUGUUGAGUUUAUGGAACCCAUCUACUGGAGACUGCAAAGUAAUACCAAGUCCACCUGAUGAUCAAAUUAAAGGUUAUAAUUCUGUUCUGGACCUCUCAACAUUGAGAGGAUAUGGGUCUGGUUAUGACUCAAAGAGUGAUGAUUACAAGUUUGUGUGUUUUACAAGAUAUUUCAAAUUGAACCAAUCUAAUGUUAAGAUCUAUUCACUUAGAUCGGAUUCCUGUAAACGAUUCAAGAAAACUCAAAAAACCUCUUGGAUACUAUCUUCAAAAUCACUCAAGUACGGGGUGUUUUGUAAUGGAGCACUUCACUGGCAGUCAUCCUCUUUAUCCGGAGCCUUAAUUGCUUUACAUCUGACAGAUGCUGAGGUCCUUAAAGAAAUCUCACAACCGAAAACAAAUUUCGAGAAGUCGGGUGACACUACAUUUAUUGGUGUGUUGGAUGGGUGUCUUUCGAUGCUUUAUAGUAAUGUAAAUGUAAACCAUGGUUGUGAGUAUGGUUGA